AUGCAAGAGGAAAGUGGACGGGCGCUUGCACGAGAAGUGUGCAACGGAGAAGUAGUACUAAACAAUAACAUCGGGGCCAUCUUGAGCCUACUUAGGGAAGUACUGGACGACUCAAGGAUCCCCCGCGAGGUGCAACUUCCUUGCUUCAACUUUCUUUUGGAUUUUGCGUGGACUGAGCCGAUAAUUUUUAUUUACGAGGGCGACGCUUGGCCCGCUGUUAUUCACCCUUACCGUCUCGUGGAGGUGAGUCGCAGCUUGCUUCGGCUUCCGGGCAGGAGUGGAGAGACCGCGACACGACACGCUUGUCCCCCCAGCUUUGAGGAGGGCCGUGCCGACUGCGCCAUUGGCGACGGAGAUUGUGCCGUACAGGUGUCACGCUUUGAGUUGGUGAGCACGGUGUACUCUGUCGAGUCCUAUCGAAUCCUCGCCCGGCGUCCCUCGCAGCUGAAUCCAUCCGGGAAGCCGGAGUACAACCAACUGGUGGGUUCCGCUGUUGUUCGCGUCAUCACGACCGGGGGUGGCGUACUACCGGAGGAAAAGGCUGUCACCCAUCGCAUCACGCAGCUGCAGGGGGGUGAGUUGUGCAAGGCUUUUUUUCACAGCUUCAUUCCCCUCAUCGGUGGCACUAUGAAGCAGCUCGAAAAGGCGGGCUGUAGUUGCGUGACCGCGGCUCGACCUCAGAGCGUGGAAAGUGGCGGGAUUUCCUCCAGCGCACGCAGCAACCAGCCCCUUACGGAAGAACGCUCUCUUGUCUCACCUCACAGCUGCAUGGGGAUUUUCUCUGCUACUGCUUCUGUCCCAGACAGCAUUCCCAACGCCACUCCUGUGGCGGCUGCGGAGGGAAAUAGCAAUUCCGCCGCAUCCUUCCCCAUACCUCAAGGGGCAGAGGUCAAUUCCGAUUUCUCGUUGCGAUGGGAGAUUUUUCUCCAUUUGUUUGCUCAGGAGGAGCGAUACCGCAACAGCGUCGAGAGCUCUUGGGCAAACUGGACGAGUGAGUGGGAUAAGGUGAAUCGGUUUGACGUUGUAGACUCUAUUGAUUGCGUCAUCACCUCAUUGAGGGGCUCUCGCGAGGCUGUCCACGUCGCCGCAGCUUACCUUGACGCAUUUGUUUGCAUGUCUCCGACGGUGGGCAGGGACGCCACUUUUUUUAGUGGAAUUCUUCUUGCUUGCUCCAUGGUGAGUUGUAAGCAGGUGGAUCGCUUCUUUCCCCCCAUCCGAGCCUUUUUACGCUGUUUGCGACCGGAGCACCCCGUCACCGCGGCGGAGUUUCGUCGCUACGAGGUGCACGUGCUGAAAACAUUGAACUUUUGUUUGCAUCCUGUCACCUCGCUUGAGAUGGUGGAGCUCUUGCUGCAGUUGUGCGGUGGCCCCGCUGCCCAGCAAAAUGCGGAGAAACGGUGCCGUUUACGUGAGAAGGAGCAGUGGAGCCUUAACGCAGCUGGAGGUGACGGGGGAGGCAUGAAUAAUAUUUUAAAUAAUACUAAAAGCAUAUAUGAUAGUUGCCGAUGGUGUGACGAGGAUGCUGCGAAGGUAGAGGAGCAUCUGCGUUGGGGCCACUUGUGUCGUCUGGCUCGCUUUAUCACUGAUCUGAUGCUCCGUAACACCAGAGCACAGGAAUUUCGCUGCAGCGUCAUGGGCCUUGCCAUUCUUGCCGUCGCCGCGGAAAAAACGCCGUGGGCACUUCCCAUGCCUCUGGCCGAAAUGCUUCCUGAGUCCUCCCGCGUCCACAGCAAUGCUGGGGGAAGUGCGAGGCUGGACUGUGAAAGCUACGAGCUGUUGACACGCUACGCGGCGAAGAUGCGGUGCCGAUCUGAGCAGGAUGGAGCGCAGUCCGGUGUCACGUCGCUGUGGCGUGCUGUGGAGUUAGUUCGCGGUUACUUUGAGGAAUUCAGCACGGGACGACGGUCCUCCGACGAUGUGCUUCAGCGACGCUACGGCAACAAACACGCAACGGACAUGAGCCAGAGUGCAUAG